UGGAAACCUCGUUGGCCGGAGCUCUUCCCAGGCGAUGCUUAGAGAAGGAGGCCAGCUGUAGCCGCGAAGUGGCCUUCGGAAAAGACGCUUCCCUCUGCUCGCUUUCCGCUUUUAUCCCCUGGCUCGGAAGUUCACAUGGCUUCCCGCGAAGGGGAGGACGCGGUCCUGUUCAGACGGGGGGCCGGGCAGAGUGAUGAUUCUGAUAUAUGGGAUGAUACAGCACUGAUAAAAGCCUACGACAAAGCAGUUGCAUCUUUUAAGAAUGCCUUAAAGAAUGGUGACUGCUCAGAGCCUUUGGAUAAAACUGAGCAAAAUGGUGGAACAAAAAGAAAAAACAAUAAAAAGAAUAAGAGUAGAAAGAAAAAUAAUGCUGCAACACAGAAACAGUGGAGAGUUAAUGAUGCAUGUAGCGCAGUUUGGUCUGAAGAUGGCAAUGUAUACCAAGCCACUAUUGCCUCAGUUAACUGGAAGAAAGGAACUUGUGUAGUAGUUUAUACUGGAUAUGGUAAUAGGGAAGAACAGAAGUUGUCAGAUCUUUUACCACCGAUGGAUACUGAGGGAACUAAUGAAGAGAAAAGUGCUGCUGAGAAUGAAAAUGAGACUCAAUAUUCAACAGAUGAAAGUGACUUUUCCUUCCGGUCACCUCAAAGCAAACACAACCCUACAAAAUCAGCACAGUGGAACUCCCACUUUCCUCUUCCACCAUCACCUUCAGCACAAGGCUCAGAAAGGGCUGGUAGGAAAUUCCCUGGGCCUCCACCUUUCUUAUCUGGCUGGUCUCCACCAUUUCCAUCAGGACCACCGUUGAUACCACCUCCUCCACUUCUUAGUUCAGAUUCACCUGAUGAUGAUGAUGAAGCUUUAGGAAGUAUGUUAAUAGCUUGGUAUAUGAGUGGCUACCACACUGGCUAUUACCUGGUGAGACAUCUUUUUUCCAUAUUAAAAGGCAAACUGCCAGCUGAUCAGAUAUAUUGCUGCUAAAAAUAAAUAAAAAUG